AUGGAAUCCGAGGUUCGGAAAUGGAAUUUGGAGGGUAUGGCUGCGUACAAGUGGGACUCAGUCAACAGCAAGGAAGUGGCCACUUCUUUUGAGGAGAGCACGAAGGAGGAACAUGCGAGGCAUACUAGACGGCAGGUCAAGAUUGUGCUGCUGGGGCGCAUGCAGAUCAUGAAGGACAAUUGGACAGAACGAACCCUCCAGAUGAUGACCUUCGUCUUGCAAACCAUCAUCCUUGGUACUUCGUUAACCCUUAGAUACAUUCAUCACUACAUACAACAGCCGUUCCCGCCCAGACGGACAGUGCGCAGCCCUAGAUGGCACGCCGGUACGCGCUUCUCUGGCGGUAAAUUCGCCAUCCCUCCUGCACUCCACAGGGCUAACGUUAACUACUACUUCACAUCGUACAUCAACCAUCUCCACAAAAACUCUCCCAUGCACCAACUAAAACUUUCUUUCAAUUGGGAACGGAAGCUCCUCGCUGUUGGAGGGGAGCGGAAACAACAGGAACAGAAGCUCAUCCCUGCUGGAGGGUGUGCAGCCAACGUUCAUACUUUCGAAACAAAUACGAAGUUGCGUCAACGUUGCGCGAAGUCCAUCUGCCUCAAACGGACCAAGAACCCCCUCCAUCAGCCAACUUUGGCCUUGGCUUCGCUGCUGCAGCUUGAGCUGAUAUUUGCCAUGCAAUAUAGGCCACCAAUAGUCAACUCAAUCCAAACUCAAUCCCCCUAG